UCUGUUCGCGGCUUAUUUUUUUUUUAAUGAAUUUGGGUACACUAAUAUUUAUUUUAUUCAUGUUAUUAUAAUUAAAUAAUCUUAAAUAAUGGACGACGCAUUUAAAGAUCCCGUACAAUUUUCUAAAGGAAUAAACCUGAGGGAGCUAAUGAACUCAGGCACCGAGUUCCACAUAGAUAUGGAUUUCAAAAAGCCGGGAGCAUCGGAGAUAAGUACUGAUGAUGAUCUGUUUGCUGUGGAUGAUGACGAUGAUGAUAGUGAUUCAGAAGAUGUGCUCAAGAUCUUAGAGGACAAGACAGACAACCUGAUGCUGUCCUCACCAGAAUAUCAUUCCUUCGAAGAACUAGCCAAGAAGAUGGUGGACUGCGAACCUUCAGGGAAUGUUAAAGUCCUUAUUUUGGAAGAAGGUGGCGGUCCGCUGGUGCCGCUGGACGCCGAAGUAACGAUCCACUAUGCAGCUUAUUGGGAAAGAGCUAGCAUACCGUUUGACUCCACACUUACUAUGAAUUGCGGGUCGCCCAAGCACAUCCGGCUCGGCCAGAGCGCGGUAAUCCCUGGCCUGGAGAUUGGCUUGACGACGGUGAAGGGGCCGAGCGCCCGGUUUCUCCUGCUGAUACAGCCCAAGGCGGCCUGGGGGCCCCUGGGAGUGCCCCCGCGCAUCAGACCCGAACCUGCGCUAUUUGUUGUAGCUCUAUAUGCUGUGAGAGACGCUUAUGCUGGAGCCAGAUUUAACGAUUUGCCGUCAGAAGAGCAAAGAAAAUUUGAAGUAACAACACGAACUGUGAAUUCCCUUCACGGUCACUCAAAAGAAUUAUUUAAAAAGAAAAGAUAUAACAAAGCCAUAAGGAACUACCAACAAUCUGUAUCAGUUCUAAACUUAUCCAGACCACAGAACAAAGAUGAAGAAAAAGAGGUGAAGAGAUUAAAAAUAAACGCAUUUCUUAACUUAGCCGUUUGUUUCACCAAAAUAGAGAAGCCCAAACACGUCAUAAGAAUGCUAGAGUGUCUAGACUAUAUUACUGACACCGAAAAACACUGUAAAGCAUUAUUUUACUACGGAAAAGCGUACGAAAUGUUAGGAAAAACUGAAUUAGCCAUACAGUAUUACCAAAAAGCUUUAAAACUAGAGCCUAAAAACAUAGACAUAGGAAAAGCACUAAAUAAUUUAGACGGUUAUUUAAAAAGUUCUGAAGUAAAAGUAAAAGAACUGUGGCAGAAUGCGUUUAAAGUAGAUGCCGAGGCAAAAGAAAAAGUAAAUGUCGACGAGGAUUUCCAAAAUGGCGUCAAGGAGUUGUUGGAAGAUUUGGCGGGAAGUAACGAAUACGCCCGUUUUGAUCUACCACCGGGGUUGAAUGGUAAUGAAGUUGAUUACGUGAAGAAUCUAGCUGAAGAAUUUUCAGGGCUCACAGUGUUUGAAGAAGGAGAAGGGAAGAAGAAGAAAGUGACAAUAGUCAAGAAAUUGGUUUAAUUAAGUGGUGGGAAAUAUAAGCUCUCAGACUAGUGUUAAAUUCUCGAUAGCUGGUUAAAAUAAGACAAAGCCCGAAGUUUAGGGAAUCGCGUGUACUGUUCACCGUUAGAAAAAAAGGUAUAUGUUACAGUAUUGCCAUGGAUAAAAAAUAAUUAAACAAAACAUGGUUAAAACAACUAGAGAAGUGCGAAUCUUUUCGGUCUCUGGGAUCCUGGGGUUCAUGACAUAAAAUACGCGUUAGGGCCUUUUUUCUGUCGUGUCAACGUAUGGGUUAGGUUAGGUUAGCUACGUUUCAUUGAUCGAGAAGUCUGAUUUUAAUUAUUUCUAAAUUCACACACAAGUGUGUGUGUGUGUGUGUGUGUGUAGAUGUUAGUGUGUAAGCGAAAAUGUGGAAUGGCAUUCCUGUGUACAUACUAUAUUUUAUAGUUUUAUUAUUUUGCUUUUAUCCAAAUAUAAAGCAAAUGUGAUAAUUAAAAUAUACCUCCUACAUUA